UAUGGAUUAACCGUCAACAAUGACUACUACAACAAUUGAAGCCCCUGCCAUAGCAGGCUUCCAUCUCUCCCCCGAGAAAGUCCUCGGGCAGGUCGAACCCUACUCCCCAGGCGCGACCGAUGCGGCAAGCACUCUGCUGCAACAGAACCACGAGAAGUGGCACAUGUACUUUCGUGAUGUUGCUGGUCACAACCACAUCCCGCACGCCAUUCUGACGGCCCUACCUCCUAUGGAGGCCCCAACCGUCGGAAAGAUGCGCGACCCAGCCGUGUUCCGACAACACAUGCAGCGGCUGGAUCAGUACUCGAAUUUCCUGGCGUUCUUCGAGCAGGAACUGGAGCAGCCGGGGAGCUCGAAGGAGGCCGUUGUAAGCAGAUACUGCUUUAGUCGCACGCCCCUCGCCGACUUCAUGCUGGCUCAACUGUUCGAGGGCCUGUACCACCCGAUCAUCCAUCUUGGCUUCGGGAUUGAGUUCCAUCUGCCUGGACUCGUGGCCGAGGGUCUCGCCCAGGCUGCGAGCCACGAUCCCAUGAAGAUCGACGUCUUUUUCCAGGCAGCAGAGGCCCUGGCUGGGACCGGGUCGCUGGCCUCCAAGCCUCUGGUCGAGCUCUAUCGCCAGGUGCGUGCCAGUGACACCCUCCGCACCGCAGCACGACUGUCCGACGGCCCCUGGAAGGUUCGUGACGGCGUUCUCGGCCGGGCCUUUGACGAGAUCGUGAACGUGGCUGCCCAGUUCCAAGUGAGUUCCAACGAACACGAUGUGCAGCGUGCAACGGUGGAGAUGAUGAGCUGCGCGGCCUGGGCGUGUGGUGGGCCGCAUAGGCCGGGUAAGGAGCGCAAGAUCGACUUCUUCUUGAUGCACUGCGUGACCAGCUCCAUUUUCUUCACGGUGCUCGGCCGCGCAACUUGGAUCUCAAUCGCGGACAAGGCACGCCUGGUGGAAUGGAAGGCCCGGCUCGACCUGGUGUGGUACGCCGCGUGUGCAGCGCCGGAGCUGCGUGAUGAGAACUUCCUCAACUACGAACCGACGCUCAGCCGAGGAAUGGAUUGGCGGCAACUGUAUCACGCCUUGAACCGAUACCACGACGACGGACAUGUUGCCAAGUUUGUGCGCGCCCUCAAGAAUGCCGAAGAGGUCGCCUUACCAUUCGAGCAGGAGCACGCCGACAUCUUGCCUGUCAAGGGAGAUGCCUGGUUCCGAAUUGCCCAGAUCUGUUAUGAUUCCACCGCUUCGCAUACCGAGGCUCAGAAGAAGUGGGUUUGGGGCGUUGGGUUCGCUCCCAUGUGGGACUUGGUUCCCGACUUUGUGACAUCUUCGUAGAUAUGUUGGACAGUACUAAAUUCCUUUGAUUGAUAUGAGCCGAU